UGGCAGCCGGGACCAGAGCCGGUGUCAGACCCCGCAGCGGGGCGGAGCGGGGAACCCGGAGCCUGUUCCAGGCACCCCCUGGCGGGCAAGGGGGGAAUCCGGUGCUCGCUUUGCACCGUGUAAACGAGGCCGGGGCGGCUCCAAGGCGGGGCCGGGAUCACAUGAGCGGAUGCAGCGGGGAAAGUAACUGGGCCUGAGCGAGCCAGGCCGCCCCCCGGCCAUGGGGCAGUCGGAGAGCCGGGCUCCCCCGGUCCUGCUGGACCUGAACCCGCUCCCGGACGAGCUCCUGGCGCAGAUCCUGAGCUGGGUCCCGUGAGCGGGUGCAGCGAGGAGCGGGAGCUGGGCCGGAGCGAGCCAAGCCGCUGUGCGGCAGAGAGAGCCGGGCUCCCGCGGACAUGCAGCAGCAGGAGAGCAGGGAGCAGUUGAUGGAGCAGCAGCAGGAGAGCGAGCGGCAGUUGCAGCAGCAGCAGGGGAGCAGGCGGCAGUUGGAGCUGCGGGAGGGGCAGUUGCAGCAGCAGCAGGAGAGCAAACAGCAGUUGAUGGAGCAGCAGCAGGAGAGCAAGCGGCAGUUGCAGCAGCAGCAGGAGAGCAGGGGCCGUUGCAGCGGCAGCAGGAGAGCAAACAGCAGUUGAUGGAGCAGGAGAGCAGGCGGCAGUUGCAGCAGCAGCAGGAGAGCAGGCGGCAGUUGGAGCGGCAGUUGCAGCAGCAGCAGGGGAGCAGGCGGCAGUUGGAGCUGCGGGAGGGGCAGUUGAUGCAGCAGCAGCAGGAGAGCAGGCGGCAGUUGCAGCAGCAGCAGGAGAGCAGGCAGCAGUUGGAGCUGCGGGAGGGGCAGUUGAUGCAGCAGCAGCAGGAGAGCAGGCAGCAGUUGCAGCAGCAGCAGGAGAGCAGGCGGCAGUUGGAGCUGCGGGAGGGGCAGUUGAUGCAGCAGCAGGAGAGCAAACAGCAGUUGAUGGAGCAGGAGAGCAAACAGCAGUUGAUGGAGCAGCAGCAGGAGAGCAAACAGCAGUUGAUGGAGCAGGAGAGCAGGCGGCAGUUGGAGCGGCAGUUGCAGCAGCAGCAGGAGAGCAGGCGGCAGUUGGAGCAGCAGUUGCAGCAGCAGCAGGAGAGCAGGCGGCAGUUGGAGCGGCAGUUGCAGCGGCACUUGGAGCUACGGGAGCAGCAGUUGAUGGACCGGGAGAGGCAGUUGAUGGAGCAGCAGCAGGAGAGCAGGCGGCAGUUGGAGCUGCGGGAGCGGCAGUUGAUGGAGCAGCAGCAGGAGAGCAGGCGGCAGUUGGAGCUGCGGGAGCAGCAGUUGAUGGACCGGGAGAGGCAGUUGAUGGAGCAGCAGCAGGAGAGCAGGGAGCAGUUGGAGCUGCGGGAGCAGCAGUUGAUGGACCGGGAGCGGCAGUUGAUGGAGCAGCAGCAGGAGAGCAGGGAGCAGUUGGAGGUGCGGGAGCGGCAGUUGAUGGACCGGGAGAGGCAGUUGAUGGAGCAGCAGCAGGAGAGCAGGGAGCAGUUGGAGCUGCGGGAGCAGCAGUUGAUGGACCGGGAGAGGCAGUUGAUGGAGCAGCAGCAGGAGAGCAGGGAGCAGUGGGAGCUGCGGGAGCAGCAGUUGAUGGAGCGGGAGAGGCAGUUGAUGGAGCAGCAAGAGAGCAGGUGGCAGUUGGAGCGCCAGUUGCAGCAGCAGGAGAGAAGGCGGCAGUUGGAGCGGCAGUUUGAACAGCAGCAGGAGAGCAGGCGGCAGUUGAAGCGGCAGCGGCUGUGGGAGCAGCAGCAGGAGAGCAGGCGGCAGUUGGAGCGGCAGGUCGGGCUCCUGUUUUUCGGGGCAAGGCCGGAGAGGGCGCGGCUCUCGGCGCUCCCGUUUUCCCCGGACAGGCCACAGUCGGCGCCCCCAUCUCUCCCGGCCCCGCUGGAGCUGAACCGGCUGCCGGACGAGCUGCUGGCGCUGAUCCUGAGCUGGGUCCCGGGCCGCGCCCUGGUGACCCGCUGCCGGCUGGUGUGUCGCCGCUGGCGGGACCUCAUCGACGGGCCCACGGUCUGGCGGCUGCAGGGCGAGAGGUGGCCGCGCUUGGGGGCCAUCCUAGCGGCCGCCCGCCUCUGCCCCUCACCGCAGUGGAGCCGGAUCGGCCUCCUGGAGCCCUUCGGGCGCAACCUGGUCCGGAACCCCUGUGGGCAGGAUCAGUUCUCUCACUGGCAGGUGGAGCAUGGGGGCAAUGGCUGGAAUGUGGAAGAGAACCUCUGCCCGGUCGAGGGCGCCCCGGCCCAGACCUGCUUCGUCUCAUCCUUUCAGUGGUGUGUCAAAUCGCAGAUGGUAGAUCUUCUAGAGGAGGGGUUGUGGGAAGAACUGCUGGAUAACUACCAACCGGAAAUCUACGUCUCCGAUUGGUGGGGCGCCCGGCAAGGCGCUGGCGGUGUAUACUCCAUCUGCGUCAAGCUCCUGGCUGCCAACAGAACAACUGUAAUCGCUGAAUUCCAGGCCAACCCCGAUCGCUUAGAACAGUCGAAUGACUCGCAGUAUCACCAGGUGUCCUACCGGUUCAGGCAGUACGGCCGCGGCGUCCGGUAUGUGCAUUUCCUCCACAAAGGGAAGGACAUUCUUUUCUGGCGAGGACACUACGGCGCACGGAUCACCAACUCCACAGUCAUGGUGAAACUCAGCUGAGAGCCCGGAGCGGGUCUCCACGAAUCUCUCACGUGAGCCGGAAUGAUGAUCUCCAUUGUGUCAUCAGAGUGUGAGGGGGUUAAAAAA